CACCCACUGCUUUCCCAGCCUCCGCCCGCCAUCGUCACACCUCCGGCCCUAUAAAAUCCAGCCCCGCGCAAGCUCCGAAACCAUUGCCCUCCGAUAGUCCUCGCGUCACUCCCUCGGCGGUGAAAAGAUCGGUGGUUGCGACCCUCCGCGAAGCCAAGCGUCACGGUGAAGGUUGCUACCAGCAGCAAGCCCAGAACACCCCGAUCGAUCGGCAUGGCCGGGAGCGCGAGGUCGGCGGCCGCGAAGCACGCGCACCGGAUGUUCGCGCCGUCCAGGGGCGCCGCGGCGAGGGGACCCGGCGCCGGCGCGGCGGAGGAGUUCGACGAGUCGGACGUCUGGGGCUCGUUCGGCCCGGGGGCCGGCGGCGCCGGCGUGGACACCGGCCCCGGCGCCGAGCUGGCCGCCGCCCGGGCGCGGCCGAUCCCGGCCUCCCGCGCCGCGCGGAAGAAGCCCGCGGACGGCGGCGCGCCGGGGUCGCUGCCGAUGAACAUACCGGACUGGCAGAAGAUCCUCGGGGUCGAGUACCGGGACCACCACGCGGGCGAGUGGGAGCUCGACGGGGACGACGGCGGCGGCCACGGCAGGGUGGGUGGCGGCGCGGAGAUGGUGCCGCCGCACGAGCUGGCGUGGCGCAGCCGGGCCGCGUCGCUGUCGGUGCACGAGGGGGUCGGCAGGACGCUCAAGGGGCGCGACCUCAGCCGGGUCCGCGACGCCGUCUGGAAGAAGACCGGCUUCGAGGACUGAACUGGUGCCGAUCGACGCGCCGGCGGGAGAGGUUGGCUCGCUCGGCGCCCGCCCCGGUUGCUGGUUGCUCUAGGUAGCAGUAGGUUAGAAAAUGAGCACUACUAAUUGCUUAUCUCUUGAUCUCCUUUUUCUUCUUCUUCUUCUUCUUCUUGCUCUUCGUUUUCUUUCUUCUUCUUCUUUUUUCUUUUUUGUCUUGCGUAAAGGGUGAGUGAUCGGGGUCGCAAGCCUUUGCCGUUUUGUUCGUGGAGAUGCAAAGCCGGAGGGUGGGGGUGUUCAUUCAUGGUGUGGCAAUUUUAAAGGGCACCUGGAGAAAGGACGAAAAUUUGUACGAUCGAUCGGUCGAUAUUGAUCCCUUGUAUGCUAGUAUUUCUUUCGAGAAUGGAAAAUGCUUAAUUCUACACCA